AUGUCAGAAACGCACGAGGCUGAUACAGAGAAUGCUAGGUUCGUUCAAGGUUUAGCUGCCACCGAUGGCGAAUUAGAGUCUCCGGUCGAUUUGGAUAUCAGUUAUAUGAAAGUUAUAGAACUGAGUCCUUUGCAAUGGAUUAAUAUUGACGUGGCGCCGAGGAAAGUGAAAAUUACCAACACUGGAUACACGGUAAUUCUCAGCGCGAAAUGGCAGCAGAAACGACCUUAUCUUUGCGGUGGACCGUUCACGGAGAAUUAUAUUUUCUCGCAAAUUCAUUUUCACUGGGGAGAAAACGAGAUGAACGGGAGCGAACAUUACAUUGACGGUGCGAGCAUGCCGAUGGAACUCCACGCAGUGCACUUCAAAAGCGAGUACGAAACGUUGGACACGGCGCUCCGGCGACCCGACGGCGUCACCAUUUUAGUAUAUUUUAUUAAGGUAAGUCCAAGUUUACAGAACGAGCCAAAUAAAUUUAUGGAGGAAAUAGUGAAAAACUUGGCUUCCAUACAGAGCACAGAUUCGUCCGUUCGUAUAGUGCCUAUACAGUUGACAAAUAUUAUGAGGCCGUUCAAUGACGAUUACUUUUUAUACUGGGGUUCGAUAGUUACGAUAAGUAACGUGCACAAAAUUCUCUGGGUGAUCAGCAGAGUACCGAUAGGAGUUUCCGUCGAGCAAGUUGCAGAGUUUCGCACGUUAACCGACGAAAAGGGUGUACCUAUACUCUCGAACAUACGCGUGUUGAAAGAAAGACAAAACAGAAACAUAUUUCACGUUUGUCCGUCGGGUUCGACGUAUGCUUCUCUCUUACCAUUGCCACGAGAUUAUUCAAACAACGAAACAGACGAACCUAGCGACGUUUCCAACGAUACCCCAGAAAAUUGA